UUCCUCGCAUGUUCCUCUGGAGCAUCGUUGUUGGUUGGUGGUUUGGAGAGGUAAACGUCGUUGUAGUGUUUGUGUGCGGCAGAAUUGUGCUUUACGGUGUAUAUCAAGCCUGUUUCUACUCUUGAAACAAUGAUAUAAAUGUCAGACGACUGAACUUAUUGUUAAGCCAAAGCCUUCUCUUGGAUGCUGGGGUAGUUAGCUUGUUAUGCUAACAGCGCUACGUUGCGAAGAAUGAAGACUUCCAGCAGCAGCACAAGUAUCAUGGACAUGUUUGAAAAGGGAAAAGUACUGAAAAUAUGUGCACCGAUGGUUCGAUACUCUAAACUUGCGUUCAGGUCCUUGGUUAGGAAGUACAAUUGUGAUAUCUGUUUCACACCCAUGAUAGUAGCUGCCGACUUCAUGCGAUCUGUGAAAGCCAGAGACAGCGAGUUCACUACUAAUGAACGUGACCGGCCCCUGAUAGUACAGUUUGCUGCCCAUGAUGCCCAGACUCUGGCUGACGCAGCCUGUGUGGUAGCACCUUUCUCAGACGGAGUUGAUCUCAACUGUGGCUGUCCCCAGAGGUGGGCUAUGUCAGCUGGGUAUGGUGCAUGCCUGAUCAACAAGCCUGAACUUGUGAAAGACAUGGUCAGACAUGUCAGAAACCAAGUGGACAAUCCAAACUACACAGCAUCCAUCAAAAUCAGAAUUCACAAGGACUUGAAGCGGACAGUGGAUCUGUGUCAGAAGGCUGAAUCAGCUGGUGUGUCUUGGAUAACAGUCCACGGCCGUACAGCAGAAGAGCGCCACCAGCCGGUUCAUUAUGAUGCCAUAAAGACGAUCAAAGACAGUGUUUCCGUCCCUGUCAUUGCCAAUGGGGACAUAAAGUACCUCCGUGAUGUGGAGUCUACUCAUCAGCUUACCGGUGUUGAUGGUAUAAAGUUAAAGAUGGGUUUGCAAUGGACAGCUGUGGCAAUCUUUCUGUAUGCAGAGAUUGCAGUCAUUGUCAUCCUCUGCUUACCCUUCAUCUCUGCCAGGAGAUGGCAGAGCAUUUUCAAGCUGAGGAUCUGGAAUUUUAUGGCGAGGUUUUGGAACAAAGUGUUUCUCACCAUGAUCAUAAUACUUAUUGUUCUCUUCCUUGAUGCUGUCCGUGAAGUGAGGAAGUAUUCUGGCAAAGAAAUUGGCACAGAUGCAAAGCUGCAACCAAAUAUGUUUGACCAUCUGCACAUGAAACUCUUUAGGGCCCAGAGGAACCUCUACAUCUCUGGCUUUGCUGUCUUCCUCUGGCUGGUUAUGAAGCGACUGGUCACCUUAAUUAACCAACUGGCAUCUGUGUCUGGAAAUACAGCUGCUCUUCAGGCACAGGCUCAGAGUGCGAACCAGACUGCUGAGAAAUACUUGAAAGACAAUGAGCUGCUGAAACAGACUCUGAUGGAAGGGAAGGGUGAUAAAGCUACUGCGGAGGGCAUGGAACUGCUGAGGAAAGAAGUAGAGAAACUGAAGGAAGAACUGAAGACCUCAGGAGAUGCCCUGAAGAAAUCCCAGUCAGAGGCAGAUGUAAUGAAGAAGCAGACGGAGGGCCUCGCCAGAGAGUAUGACAGAUUGUUGAAAGAACAUCAGGAGCUCCAGAUUGUACUCAGCUGCAUGCCUUCGUCCACCCGGCCUCCGUUGACUCGUCCCGCCUGCCGUCUCUGGAGCUGAAGCUGGAUUGGAACAGACCAAAGUACAGUCCAAUCACGAUGCCAGCUGCCUCUCAAAAGGCUCCUUCAUCUGGCAGGUGGCGGCACUUCUUCUGAGGGGAAGCUGAGCUGGCCCUGCAGAACUUUGGAGAUGUGUUCCAGUGGUUGGUGGAUGUGUGGAGAUAGAGAGGGACCUUUGAAUUGUUCAGAAAGUAAAACAGGGAACCCAUUGGUAGUUUUAGUUUAGGGUGCUACUGUGGUGUGUUUUUGGGUUUUAAGAGGUGAACAGGAAGAGGAUUUUUUUCUCUUGAUUAUCUUUUACUUUGUUCCUGGUUGGAAUGUCCAUCAAUGUCAACGUGAAGUUCACUCUUAGUUCUGUUUAUUUAUUUUUGUUUUACUAACAACCAUUUGCUUUAAUAUAUAUACCUCUACCCCUCUAUCUCUACCUCUCUACUUCUUCUGUCCCUCUCAACCCGCCCGGCCAGCAGGCAGAUGGGUCCCCCCACAUUAGAGCCGGGUUCUGCUCGAGGUUUUUUUCCCUGUUAAAAGGGUGUUUUCCUUGCCACUGUCGCCUUUUGGCUUGCUCUGGGGGUCAGGCAUAUGGGUUCUGUAAAGCGUCUCGAGACAAUUUGACUGUAAUUGGCGCUAUAUAAAUAAAAUUGAAUUGAAUUGAAUUGAAUUGCUUUUAACCCUCUCACAUGUUGUUGUAAACUUGCUCUUUCAAAUAAAUACUCGUCUAACCCUCUGGAAA